AUGCAGUUAGAGAUGGAUGCUAGACCACCAGCACCCUCAGUGGCAUCUCUUGCAGACUGGCAGGACAAGCCAGCAGAUGAGGAAUUAGAGAGUUAUGCUGAGCCACCACCAGCCUCAGUAGAAAGUACUGCACAAUGGCCUGAUGCGCCCCCUAAUGAGAGGUUGGAUAGAUAUUCUGAGCCACCACCAGACUCAGUAGAAAGUACUGCACAAUGGCCUGAUGAGCCCUAUAAUGAGAAGUUGGAAAGAGAUUCUGAGCCACCACCAGACUCAGUAGAAAGUACUGCACAAUGGCCUGAUGAGCCGUAUAAUGAGAAGUUGGAAAGAGAUUCUGAGCCACCACCAGACUCAGUAGAAAGUACUGCACAAUGGCCUGAUGAGCCGUAUAAUGAGAAGUUGGAAAGAGAUUCUGAGCCACCACCAGACUCAGUAGAAAGUACUGCACAAUGGCCUGAUGAGCCCUAUAAUAAGCAGUUGGAAAGAGAUUCUGAGCCACCACCAGACUCAGAAGAAAGUACUGCACAAUGGCCUGAUGAGCCCUAUAAUGAGAAGUUGGAAAGAGAUUCUGAGCCACCACCAGACUCAGUAGAAAGUAUUGCACAAUGGCCUGAUGAGCCCUAUAAUGAGAAGUUGGAAAGAGAUUCUGAGCCACCACCAGACUCAGUAGAAAGUACUCCACAAUGGCCUGAUGGGCCCUCUAAUGAAAAGUUCGAUAGAUAUUCUGAGCCACAACCAGACACAGUAGAAAGUACUGCACAAUGGCCUGAUGAGCCCUAUAAUGAGAAGUUGGAAAGAGUUUCUGAGCCACCACCAGAAUCAGUAGAAAGUACUGCACAAUGGCCUGAUGAGCCCUAUAAUGAGAAGUUGGAAAGAGAUUCUGAGCCACCACCAGACUCAGUAGAAAGUACUGCACAAUGGCCUGAUGAGACGUAUAAUGAGAAGUUGGAAAGAGAUUCUGAGCCACCACCAGACUCAGUAGAAAGUACUGCACUUUGGCCUGAUGGGCCCUCUAAUGAAAAGUUCGAUAGACAUUCUGAGCCACAACCAGACUCAGUAGAAAGUACUGCACAAUGGCCUGAUGAGCCCCAUAAUGAGAAGUUGGAAAGAGAUUCUGAGCCACCACCAGACUCAGUAGAAAGUACUGCACAAUGGCCUGAUGAGCCGUAUAAUGAGAAGUUGGAAAGAGAUUGUGAGCCACCACCAGACUCAGUAGAAAGUACUGCACAAUGGCCUGAUGAGCCCUAUAAGGAGAAGUUAGAAAGAGAUUCUGAGCCACCACCAGAAUCAGUAGAAAGUACUGCACAAUGGCCUGAUGAGCCAUAUAAUAAGAAGUUGGAAAGAGAUUCUGAGCCACCACCAGACUCAGUAGAAAGUACUGCACAAUGGCCUGAUGAGCCCUAUAAUGAGAAGUUGGAAAGAGAUUCUGAGCCACCACCACACUCAGUAGAAAGUACAGCACAAUGGCCUGAUGAGCCCUAUUAUGAGAAGUUGGUAAGAGAUUCUGAGCCGCCACCAGUCUCAGUAGAAAGUACUGCACAAUGGCCUGAUGAGCCCUAUAAUGAGAAGUUGGAAAGAGAUUCUGAGCCGCCACCAGUCUCAGUAGAAAGUACUGCACAAUGGCCUGAUGAGCCCUAUAAUGAGAAGUUGGAAAGAGAUUCUGAGCCACCACCAGACUCAGUAGAAAGUACUGCACAAUGGCCUGAUGAGCCCUCUAAUGAGAAGUUGGAUAUACAUGAUGAGCCCUCCAAUAUGCAAUGUUUGGCAACCACCUCUAUUUUUGCAGAAUAUAGUGCUUUUUCAGAGCAUCUCUUAGUGUUGGCCUUAUGA